UUCAACCCAAGAAAGCUCUGAUUCUUCCAAAUAUAUGUAUAUUAUUAACAAAGGGUCUAAAGAUUAAUCCCCCUUUUCUACAACUAAUACAGCGGCAUCAGUACUUAUUUGAGAAAUCUUAGCUGUUCUUUGUUUCAAAUCAAGUAGAAAAAUCCAGCCAGCCUCAAGAGGCUAAAGAGGAAGAACAACAGGAAGAACAGCAAGGGAAAAAAAAAGAAGCAAAGAACAGAAAUAGAAGAAGAAAAGGAAGAAGUAGUUUGGAGUGAUGGGUCCAAAAGUUCUUCAAUGUCUCUUCUUCCUCUUCCUGGGUCUUCUAUUUUGUUCAGGCUUAAAAGUUGCAGAGAAAAAGGCUCCGAUUGGCGCAACUUCGCACAGCAAAGAAUUGGAUCACAAGGGAAAAUCGUUGGUCUCAGUUUCAAAGUCGACCACACAAUUGGAUGUCACCACACCAAUAACAACCGUUCCGGUGGUCAAUCCGACCACUCCGACAACAACGACCCCUACAACGACGCCGACAACAACCACCCCUGUAGUAAACCCAGGUGUAACUCCGGCGACCCCAGCCAUUACAAGCCCGUACACCACUCCAACCACAGCCACCCCCAUAUCAUCAGGUGGGAGCUGGUGCAUCGCCAGCCAAUCUGCAUCGCAGACUGCUUUACAGGUUGCUCUGGACUACGCUUGCGGGUAUGGUGGUACAGAUUGUUCAGCAAUUCAGCCAGGUGCAAGUUGUUACAAUCCAAACACAGUUCGUGAUCAUGCUUCUUAUGCAUUCAAUGACUACUACCAGAAGAACCCAAUUCCUACUAGUUGCAACUUCGGAGGAGCAGCCAUUAUUACCAAUGUUGAUCCAAGCACUUCGACAUGUCAGUAUCCAUCAACUAGCACCGGCGCUUCGAUUUUAAACACGACCAACCCAACUGGCUCUGGAUCAACAGUUUAUGGAUCAGAACCUUCUGGCUCCACCGAUUCAGCAGCCUCCGUUGCACAUGGCUUGUCGCUUCUCUUCACCUCAACAUGCCUCCUGCUGUCACUUCUCUCUGUAAAUCGUCUCUGAAACAGAUGGGUACCACAGUCACUUCGUCAUUUGCAAUUGGGAUGGCAAUUCGCUUAAUUGCCAUACUUGUUCUGCGUCCUUAGAGCAUAAAGGAGCAGUUGCAGACCGAUCAUGGGAGAUAAUAUUUAUAUCUUGAGGCUUUAGUCCUCGCAGUCAGGUCAGUGCUGAACUUGAUCCAUAAACGCCUAUUGAUCGGUCAGUCCAGAGCUCCCAGAAGACACAGAAGCAGCAAUGUAAUAUGAUGGUUUCCUAUAGUGGUAGAGCAUCAGUGUAGCUAGUUAGUUCUCUCUUUCUUUGUAGCGUUAAAGGCAAUAAAUUUUCAAACGAGUCCACAUGCCUUUUGGACUGCUUUUGUUGUGCUUAGGCCAGUUUAAAGGAUUAUAGGAUACAGUAGUGAGAAAGGAUGGGUCUUAGCUUAAUUUCCUCCACUCAUCUGCUUAUUUACUUAUGAAUAAUUUGAUUAUUGGAGAAA